UACACAAUACACAUGGAGCUGUGUACACAAGUCUGAAGCUCGCAACUAUGACGAUUUUCAUUUUUUCCUCGGGACAAGCUGAUGCAGUUAUGAAAUCUGUCGUUUCAGAAGAUCAAAUAUCAUGUGAUGUCAAAGACACGCUAAGGAUUUUCUUGCAGAAGCUGACAGAAAAUGCCAGUUGUGGUGUGUGUCCUAUGGCAGUCUGUAUGUUCCUGGAGGACAUCACUACGGGACGAGAGGUUCUCAAAGCAGAAUGCAGCGCUCUGCUUAAUAAAGUCGCCGAGCUGAUUCCUGCUGUUAUGUCAGAUGAAGCAACCAGAAAUGGGCCACUGUGCUAUCAGACUGUCAAGGUUUGUUUGCAGGUGUUUCAGUUGCUACCUGGUCAGGUGGCCCUGAUGGUCUACAGUAAGGAAAGUGCAAAUAUGAGUUUGAGAGAUAUUUUGGAGUUCCUGAUGAGCGUUAUCUUAGGAGAGGUUUCCAGCAGAGAUACACGUUUGUUGGCUGGCACUGCGGUUGCAAUGCUGCUCACUACAGCGACAGACAGUCAGUGUGCAGGAUCAGCUGCCUGGAGUCUGCUGCAAAUCACCAACACAGAACCGUGGAGAUUGACGGUAGGUGAGCUACAGGUGGACUGUCGUCCCAGACGUCAGGACGGAGUGGACAGACUGGCUGUAUGCAGGGGGUUGUUAACUUGCUGCAGAAAUGACAUUCUUGUCAGUCACCAUAGCAACCAAGGGACUUGUCUUCUCCUGAAUGGGUUGUUCCCCUUCAUCUCAGCUCUUUGUGAAGAAAAGCUUGACUGUCAUUACUAUGUUUUUCAAGUGUUUACUAUUUGGCUGAAGAGGCUGAGAGAGUGCCUCAGUGAGGUUUGGGAAGUUACUGGUGCUCCUUUAGAUUCAGACCUCCAGCAGCACCUUACACAAAUCAUCUGGAGCAAUGCAGAGAGCCCGUUGGAUGGUGUUGCAGAGGUGGCACGCAGUGCUUUCUGUCUGUUUAUGGAGAUCUAUGACAAGGAUUGUCUGCACUUUGAGAACACAGAUAAAAGACUUUAUGUGGAAUUAUUGAACAGUAUAUCAGAACUGCCUUGGGAAUCCAAAGCAAAGUAUUUACCGCUUACUGCACUUCUGCCAUAUGCAGGAACAGACAAGGUUUUGGAACUGUAUCCAGCUCUUUCCUCUCACAUCCUAAAAUGCCUCUCCACCAAUCACCUUUCUCCAUGUGCCUCAGAAGUCUACAGAUCCCUCCUUCAGGAACAGAAACGCGAGCUUAUUAUAAAUGCAUCCCAAGAAGCUCCACCCACUGAACAAGACUCAGCCAAUCAAUGGGCUCGGAGGUGGCAACCAGUCAUUCUGGAGGCUUUGACUUCAGAAUUAACUCUUCUUCAAAAUAACGCCUCUAGCCAUCUUCUGCCCUCAACACUACGAAUAUUUCCAGGUGCUGUUAACACUCUGUUGUCAGCUCUGGACCCCGCGGUUCCCGGUCACCUUCACGCGUGGGCUUGUGUCAUGAACGCCCAGCGGGCCACAAGUGGACAUUCCCUCUGGAGUGUGGACAGCCCCCAUGCUCUUAAGACUCUCCAUAUUGCCCUCUCCUCUUUGGAUGACAGCAUCCGGCUUGCAGCUCUGAACCUCCUCUGCUGCAGUCCAAAGACCAAAGAAGCCCCAUCACAAGUGGAGUAUUCCGCUCUGAGAGACUUCCUCCCGCUCAAUCUCAACAGUGAAUCGUCACCUUUCCGCCAGCACUUUCAGGCAGUGCUGAGGAAGUUCUUGAUGAGAAUAAGAGACAGUUGCAUGGCCAGCAUCAAAGGCCAUAAUGGUAAAAAAGGGCUCACGGAGGAAGAGGAGGCGGAGCUUAAACAAGGAGUCGAGUUUGUUGACUGGCUCUUCCAGCUGUCAGUGGUCUAUUUGACUCCUGACAGCAGCUACCAGAGGAAGAAGACUGUCCUGCUCCUGCUGUCUGCAGUGCUGGAAACAUGUACAGACACCUGGAGUCCAGACAGAAAGAAGGGACAACCACCUGCCAAUAUGUCUACUCUUAUAAACUGGGCUAAAGAGAGGGGAAAGUGGGAUUUCUUCUCAAAGUCAAAGAUGCUUGUCCUGAUUGGCUGUUUGGAGGAUUCGACCAAUGAGAUCCGUGAACUGUCUGCAGAGCUGCUUCUCAGAUUUUUCCCCUCGUCUCUCCCGGAUGAUAUCACAGCUGUGUUGUUGAGGAGGGCAGAAAGGCUGCUCCACAGCCCACGGGUCCAGGAGGCCCAGAUGGGAGCACUGAUGAUCAAACUUCUACUGCACAAGGUGGAUGGGGCAUUUGAACAUGGGGAGGAGAAACAGUCAGUUAAAUUGAUCGCGUUUCUUCUCACCAAACUGGAGUACCAUUAUCUCACUGCCAGGAAUGACAUGCUGCUUGCAGCCCGUACAACGCCUAUUCAUGGUGUUGUAAGUGCUCUGCAGAGGGGCUUGCUGGAGGUGCCAGGGGUCCUAGCGGAGUCAAUAACCCACAGUGUUGCAGGAGACAUUGUGUCUUUAAUAGAAAAGCUCACUCUACUGCUGUUAGGUGUGCUGUACGGGGACCAGGACACACAGGAGAAAGAUGUGCCUCCAUCAUUCUGUGACAUGGGGAAUGCAAUCAGUUCUCUGAUUGGUCAGGGUGGGGUUGAGGGGGCGGGACUUGAUGAGGAUGGAGAGGAGAAUGUGCUGCUCUCUGAGGAACAUAGUCUAGUGCUGACCUGCUGCUGGGUUUCCUUGAAGGAAAUUGGUAUUUUUCUGGGCUCCCUGGUGGAGAGAAUCCUGUCACUGCACUGUAAAGACCUGACUUUGAGUGUGGAAGAACUCAGGAAGGCUUCCAAAGUAUUUAAAGACAUCAUUCUGAAAUGUAGACACUGGGGGGCAGUAGAGGGCUGCUGUAUUGGCUUUACUAAGUUCUGCAGGGCUCUACUGAGCAGCUCUGAUCCAGAAAUCAGAGAGAUCCCACCUCUCAUAUUAAAACAGGGCCUUUCUGUUCUCCAGUCGCCCCGUAGUACCUCAGUAACAAGGCGUGCUGCCGGUCUGCCCAUGCUGAUUUUGGGUGUCUUAGCUGCUGAGGACUCUAGCAAGACUCGCCCCCUUUUGGCACAAACCAUUAACACCCUACUGGACACAGCCAAAGCACCUCUUCCCCAGGACUGGGACCAAACUCUCGACUUACCACAGGUGUGUGCCGUUCACACCCUUCAAGCUCUGGUGAAGGGCUCCAGUCUGGGUGUAGCUGUUCUGCAGUACACCCCUGUGGUGGCCGUUCUGUCACUCACACUCCUCAGCUCACCAUGCUGGGCUAUGAGGAACGCAGCCCUGCAGCUCUACAGUUCUCUGUGCACCAGAAUGUUGGGUCAGCGGCCUACCGGUGAAGAGGGCUCCGCUCAUUCCGGCAUGUCUUCUCCUUCCUUCUUUAACCUCUACCCAGCCCUACAGCCCUUCCUCCAGGGGGCGCUGGAAAGCGCAGCUACAGACCUUCAUGAUGCCACCCUUCUCCUGCACCCUUCCCUCUACCCUGUCCUCACCCUGCUCGCCAAACUACAGCCUGGUGCUGAGGAACAGACACGGCUGGCCAACCUGAAGAAGGCACUGUUGGACCAGAACCUGGAGUACAGAGGAGCAUUCUUGACCGCAUUAGUUGAGGUUAUGACCCCUGAGGAAGACCGUCUUGCUCUGCCCCGUCCCUGUCUUUCAGGGUUCGAGGAGACAUGGCUGCAGGAGUGUGUGGAGGUUCUGUUUACUGAUCUGGAGUCAGAUAGAGGAGGACCUGUGCUGAUCUCCACGGCUCUGUGUGCAGUCAGCCUGCUCCUUUGUCACAGUGUGGACUUGUCUUUGCUCCAGCGCUGGUGUAAGUUAUUAAAGAAGCACAGAUGUCCUGAAGCUCCUGAGGCCCUCAGAGCAGCAUGUGCACAGGCUCUGUGUCUGUGUGGGGUCCACGUAGUGACCAGGAGCCUGACAGGAGGCCUCACGCUCAAAGAGCUCAAACUAAAAGAUCAUGAUUGCAAGAUUUUUUUUUGGGAAUGUCUGGAAAGGGUCUAUUCGAAUAACAGUCUAUCUGUCUAUCCCCUGCAGGCCAACCUGAAGAAGGCACUGUUGGACCAGAACCUGGAGUACAGAGGAGCAUUCUUGACCGCAUUAGUUGAGGUUAUGACCCCUGAGGAAGACAGUCUUGCUCUGCCCCGUCCCUGUCUUUCAGGGUUCGAGGAGACAUGGCUGCAGGAGUGUGUGGAGGUUCUGUUUACUGAUCUGGAGUCAGAUAGAGGUGGACCUGUGCUGAUCUCCACGGCUCUGUGUGCAGUCAGCCUGCUCCUUUGUCACAGUGUGGACUUGUCUUUGCUCCAGCGCUGGUGUAAGUUAUUAAAGAAGCACAGAUGUCCUGAAGCUCCUGAGGCCCUCAGAGCAGCAUGUGCACAGGCUCUGUGUCUGUGUGGGGUCCACGUAGUGACCAGGAGCCUGACAGGAGGCCUCACGCUCAAAGAGCUCAGUACCAGCUUGAUCAGCACGGGUAUCUACCUGCUUCAGGAUGAGAGUCCACAGGUGAGAGCGAAGGCGGCUGUCUUUGCCUCUCUGCUCUGCUGUUCUGUCCGACAGCCGGAAGAUCCACAGAAAUGCUUCUACAUGCAGGUGAACCGGGCUUUGCGCUCAAUGCUCGACCUGCUCUUAGAGGAAUUCUGGGACGCAAGUUGUGCUUUGGAGGCCUUAGUGUGCCACUUACCUGACUGUGAUCUGAAUGCUGUACUGAAGGAGGCCAAAGAGACGCAAUGUCGCAGUCUGUAUGAGCGAGAUGAAGCAAAUGUUUUUGCAGAGCCAUCUGUGAUCUCAGAGUGCCUGUUGCCACACCUAUUGAAUCUGGUUAAACAUUACCCAAAAUCCUCCACUCUCGCCAAGAACCUGGAGCGCUGGGCCCAAAACAGUGCAGCCAUUAUCAAAGAGAAUCUCACAAUUUGUAUGCAGCUACAAUUAGGUGAUGUCCUGAAUCCUGAUUGGCUGAGUUUGCUAAUAGAACCCCGUUUCCAUGGCGCUCUUUCAGGCCUGUUCACUAGGGUGAUUGUACUACUCCAGCUGCUCAAGGAGUGUGAUUCCAUACGACCCCUACUUGACCCUUUCAGUUCAUCUAAAAACCUUCAGGACAUUCAUAGACGGUUUGUCCUAAAUGGACUCUUCCUUCCUCAGGUCUUCAUUGAUGCACUAAGGACAGAUUAAUCCAGGGCUGUCACAGAUCAGGGUUACGUUGUUGCUGUUCAUCGCCAUAUUGAGUGGAAACUAUUCGAAAGGAAGAAUACCAGUCCUUUGUUGUGCAAUACAAGAGAGAGAAAUAGAAAACGUAUCUACGUCACCAGCCAGAAUCAAACACCACUUCCAGCUCUGUAAGUGUAGCACGUCUAAAUCUGAAACGGGCUGAAAGAUGCCAUUGUUUCUGGAUGGGUGGUGAUUUCUGAAAUAGAGCGCACUGCAGGCGGGGACAAACAGACUGAGGCGUCACAAAGACUCAGCAAGCGUCUGAGGAUGGUACAUAUAUUUUUAGCCAAAUCUCUCUUUGGAACCGAAUAAGAUUCAUGCUUGUAUAUUGAUAAUUAAAUAAAGACUGAAUCAUUUGUAGAAUUUUUGGGCUAAACCUGAUCUGUGAUACCAGUAACAAACAUUCAGUAUUCUGUUCCCUUUAGAAAAUGAAGUGCUGCUUUUUCUCAGAAGCUCAUUGGUUUUAUGUGGAGUGGUGGCUCAUGGUUCGCUGUGAUAACACUUCACAAAACCGGUUUGAGCUGCCUCACACCAACCUUGAAGCAUCUUCUGAUACACACACAGCAGCCACAAUUAACUCACUCUUUUCCUGUGAUUCAUUCUGUCUUGAUCCUUU